UUUGCCUACACAUCACGAAAAUAAACAAAUUAAUAGAAAACAGUGUGUGUUGAAGAAUUAAUUAAGAUGAGUCAGGAACAACCUCGGAGGGAGAAUCACCAGGAAGACCCAAAAGGGUGGCGCUGUCGCCGCGAUGCAAUCGGUGGCAUCGAAAAAUGAGAGAGGUGGGAGCCGUUGAUGGUGGCGUUAGUGUGACUGAGGUUGAUCUUCUAGGGAGGCAAGUGAUAUCGGAGUACGUUGGUGGACAGGUUGUUCACAAACUAGAGGAAAAAGAAAGGAAAGUUAAUAAGUUGGUUGAGGAAUUUUUUCAUAUCAAUACCAAAAGGCUCGCCACCUUGUCUUGUUCAAGACAUGGCUGGAGGUGGUGGAAGCGGGAUCACCAUAGGCGAAGCACACGAGGCCAUCGUUUUGACCCUUUUACUUUUACUUUCUUUCAUCCAAUGAAUGCAAAAUCACCAGGUGUUAAGGCGCCGUAUCUUCAGGGACCAUUUUCUAUCAAUAAACUCCAUUUUCCUUUCCUUUUAAUUCAUUUUUAAUUAUAAUAUUCUCUUAAUUCUUAAACGAUCGAAUUGAAGCAUUUUCAAAAUUC